ACAAGGGCCACUACCUUCCAGGGAGGGGACCAGACUCCAUCAGCAGUGGCUAGAGAAGGACGAGCAGCAGCACCUGGCCUGCAGUGCUGAGUGGCACACGUCCAUGCCUCCUCUCAGCCCUCAGCCCUCCUCACCCUCUGUGCCCUGCAGGGUGUUCCAAAGAGCAGCCAUGUCCACCCUGUACCCAUCUCUGGAGGACCUGAAGGUGGACCAAGCCAUGCAGGCCGAGGCCAGAGCUGUACCCAGGAUGCCUGCCCCGCCAGGGCAGGGAACAGACUCCCAGCCGUCAGUUUUGUACCCAAACCUGGCGGAAUUGGAAGGUUAUAUGGAUCUUUCGUUCUCCAGCCACGAAGUCCAGCAGAACCUGCCUCAGAUUCCAGAAGGUGCCAGUGCAGCGGUCUCGGACCCCUCACCGGACCAGGUGGUGGCGCCGGUGUCCGGGAACAGCUUGGGCGUGCUGCCUGGAGAGGUCAAGCCCGGGGUGCGCGAGAUCCACCUGUGCAAGGACGAGCGCGGCAAGACGGGGCUGCGGCUGCGGGCCAUCGACAAGGGGCUCUUUGUGCAGCUCGUCCAGGCCAACACCCCCGCGUCCCUGGUGGGGCUGCGCUUUGGGGACCAGAUCCUGCAGAUUGACGGGUGCAAGUGUGUCGGGUGGAGCACAGACAAAGCCCACCGGGUGGUGAAGAAGACGUCAGCUGAGAAGAUCGUCAUGGUUGUUCGGGACAGGCCAUUCCAGCGGACCGUCACCAUGCACAAGGACAGCACAGGCCACGUCGGCUUCGUCAUCAAGAAGGGGAAGAUCAUCUCUUUGGUCAAAGGGAGUUCUGCGGCCCGCAACGGGCUCCUCAUCAACCACUACGUGUGCGAGGUGAACGGGCAGAACGUCAUUGGGCUGAAGGACAAAGAAUUCACGGAGAUUCUGGCCACAGCCGGGAACGUCAUCAACCUGGCCAUCAUCCCCACUGUGAUCUAUGCGCACAUGGUCAGAAAGUUGUCCCCAGCCCUGCUCCACCACACCAUGGACCACUCCAUCCCUGACAUCUGAAGCCACAGGAGAGCAGCUCAGCCCUCUCACCCUCCAGCUGGAAAGGCAGAGUCCUCAGGGGACAGGCUGCGGAGGCCUCUGCCUGGGGGCGGGGCUGUCUCGAGGUGGGCGUGUUCUGGGUGGGGCAACAUUGGAUCACAUGGGCGUGUCAUUUAUACACACUGGCCUCCUUGGAGCCUCAGCCUCUUAACUGGGCUAAGGCAGGGGCAGGGCCCACAGGCAGUGAUUCUCUGAGCCGAUUUAAAUGCUGGGCACGUAUACAGGCCGACUAAACACUUCCUAAAGUUGCAGCUGGGUCCCUUUCAAACUUUUGCCUCUACCAGUAAAACAUUUCCACGGUUUGAGAGAACAAAUACAUUUUUAUGGGAGAAUUGUUUCUUUUUCCUUUACUUGUUCUUUGUCACAAACUGUAUUUGGUUAUAACCCGUCACUGUCUUUUGAAUAAAGAUUUGAUUUUACAUAAAA